GCUUCGGGUUGGAGUUUCCUCUGUUUUUCCUGCCGGGGUUGAAGAUCACCGGGGGAGCAAGAUCACGAUGGGAGCCACCAUGAGCUCGUGCUGUGGCAAUGAUGUCGAUGAAGAACGGUUUAUGGGAAGCACAGGUGCUAGCAGUACUGGUGAUGGGAUCAGGAGCACUUGGAAGAUAUUCACGUACAAAGAGCUGCAUAAUGCAACAAAUGGAUUUAGUGAAGAUAACAAGCUGGGAGAAGGUGGGUUUGGAAGUGUUUACUGGGGCAAAACCUCUGAUGGCCUUCAGAUAGCUGUGAAGAAAUUAAAGGCAAUGAACUCAAAAGCAGAAAUGGAAUUUGCAGUUGAAGUUGAGGUCCUUGGAAGAGUUAGGCAUAAGAACCUUCUUGGACUAAGGGGUUAUUGUGCAGGCAGUGAUCAAAGACUCAUCGUGUAUGACUACAUGCCCAACCUAAGUCUUCUUUCUCAUCUCCAUGGCCAAUUUGCUAAUGAAGUACAGCUAGAUUGGAAGAAACGCAUGAAUAUCAUUAUUGGAUCUGCUGAAGGUCUUGUGUACUUGCAUCACGAGGUUACACCGCACAUAAUACAUAGAGACAUCAAGGCAAGCAAUGUGCUUCUUGAUUCAAAUUUUGAGCCCUUAGUUGCAGACUUUGGGUUUGCUAAGCUCAUCCCUGAUGGAGUUAGUCAUAUGACAACCCGUGUUAAGGGCACCCUAGGUUAUCUCGCACCUGAGUAUGCCAUGUGGGGCAAGGUUUCAGAGAGUUGUGAUGUCUAUAGCUUUGGCAUUCUUCUUUUAGAGAUAAUCACUGGUCGCAAGCCAAUAGAGAAACUCCCAGGUGGUGUCAAGCGAACUAUCACUGAGUGGGUUGAGCCUCUUAUUGCCAAGUCGAGGUUCAAGGAUCUCGUGGAUCCGAGACUCCGGGGUAACUUUGAUGAGGCACAACUGAGGCAAACAAUUAAUGUAGCCGCACUUUGCGUUCAAGCUGAGCCAGAAAAGAGGUUAACAAUGAAGGAAGUGGUGAACCUUCUCAAGGACUAUGCGCCAUCCAGAUCUAAACUAAAUGGGUUGAGGAUGGAGAGUAUCAAGUAUGGUGAUGAUCUAAUGAACAUGGAUCAGAAUAGUGAGGAUGAGAAAGAGAUGGACACUGAGAGCAAUGUCUAUGGUGUUUUUGGGGCAAUGGAGGUGCGAAAGAUGACAGAUCCUUACAACAAUUAUGGUGGUGAUAGGAAGAAGAUUUUACAUGGAUGAGAGCUCCUGUUGGAACCGAUCCUUUUAAAGCUGUGUUAAUUCCUCAUUUGUUCUUGUGUAUGUUUUGCAUUUGACUUGAUAAGGAAGACCAAGAUGCAAAUGUUUACUUCCUUUGUUCUUGUCUUGGGUAUUGAGCUUUAUUUUCAUUUAAUAACAUUUAUAUGUGGUAUGUUAGUGUAGAACGAAAGAUUGUUUGCCGAAGCUUGUAUAAGAAAUUUAAUUGUUUAUUUCA